GUGGGCGACCCUGAGGUUCCUCCCUUCCAUCUUCCCCCAGCUGAGUCUAUAAAGCCCCCAGGCCUGAGGCCGAUGCAGCGUCCCUGCUCUGACUCUGAACAUGCAGCUCAAGAUCUUGUUCCUGCUCCCCAUGGCCUUUCUGCUGACCCCCCGGGCUCAGGCUGGGGAGAUCAUCGGGGGCUGGGAAGCUGAGCCACAUUCCCGCCCCUACAUGGCCUAUCUCAAGAGAAAAAUCUUCAAGCGUGAAGAGACGUGUGGGGGGUUCCUGGUGCGGGAGGAUUUUGUGCUGACAGCCGCCCACUGCGCCGAUGGGGACAUCACCGUGCUCCUUGGAGCUCACAACGUCCGUCAGAAAGAGGAGACCCAGCAACGAGUCUCUGUGCUGCGGAAGAUCCCCCAUCCCAGAUACAACAAGACGAGCAUCGAGAACGACCUGAUGCUGCUGCAGCUGGCGGAGCCGGCAGAGCUGAGCGAUGCCAUAUCCACCAUCCCGCUGCCCCAAGCUGACCACACUGUGGAUCCGGGGUCUGUGUGCAGCGUGGCAGGAUGGGGCAGGACCAGCCGCCAUGCUAUGCGAACCAGCAGCAUCCUCCACGAGGUGGAGCUGGAGGUGAUGUCAGACAAGACCUGCCAGGAGGACGAGAAGCUCCAAUACUUUUACAAGCCCUUGAGGAUGAUGUGUGUGGGGGACCCUGAAGAGUACAAGGCCUCGUUCUCGGGCGACUCCGGGGGCCCCCUGGUGUGCGAUGAGGUGGCCCACGGCAUCGUCUCCUUCGGCAAGAAGAACGGGAGCCCCCCGAGGGUGUUCACCAGGGUCUCUAUGUACGUCCCCUGGAUCAAGAAAACAAUGAGGGGUCUCAGAAGUCCAGGGUCCCACGCUGAAAGCCCUGCGUCCCUUCACUGAUGGGGGCAGAAUUGAGUUUGGGGAGUUCUGAGUAUGAAGGAGUCUCCCCCCCUCUCCAGAAUGGUGGUGCCAAAGGCCCAGCUGGUGCUUAAAUAAAACUCCAGAUUCUUACUCCCCCCACGUAAUAAAAUCCUAC